CACACACUUUUGCUGAAAAAAGAGAUUUGGAGGAGAGAUUUUCUAAAUUUCUAUACAAAUCAAUUUUAGUGUGAUUCUUGCUUAGAGAAAGAGAAAGGGGAAGAUUCCUUCCUUCUUUCAUAGCUUGAUUUUAAAUUUGUGAACAGCAAAGAUAGUGUAUAAAUUGGGAUCGUCUACUUCAGAUUAAUAGACAAAGAGGAAAACAGAAAUUAGUUGACAAAAUGUUAGAGGGAAAAGGUGUGAUUGAAGAUACAGAUAUGCCAGUGAAGAUGCAGAUUCAGGCUAUGAGGUGGGUUUCUCAAGCUCUGGAUGUUUAUGAUGUUUUGGACUACACAUCCAUUGCUGCUCAUAUUAAGAAGGAGUUUGACAAGAAAUAUGGGGCUGGCUGGCAGUGUGUGGUGGGAUCAAAAUUUGGAUGUUUCUUCACUCAUACUAAAGGAACAUUUAUCUACUUCACCUUGGAGACUCUUAACUUCCUCAUCUUCAAAGGAGCUACUUCUCCUUAAUGAGCUUUUGAUUGUGAAAACAGUACUUGUAAUUACUCUUUAGCUUAGUAACUUCAUUGUUAGACUUUUGGAAAUUUGUAAUUUUAGCCAAUUUCCUCACACACCAGAUGCAAGCUAGUAGUUCACAUUGCACAAGUUAAAUGAGAUUACUAUGGGCAGAUCUUGUUUCCCUUAUUAAACUCCUGUUCAUUGUAUCAAAGAGCUUUCCCAAUACAUAUCAAGGAGAAAUUUUUGAAUCUUACAAGAGGACAAAAUUUGUCAACUCUUGAAGUGAAAAGUUAGAUUUCCUCAAUAUCCCAUUUCUGAAAUAUGAACUACGCUGAUUA